CUUUCAUAUUUCUGGCUUAGCCACUUUUUUGUUUCCUUCAAUCAACGAUUGGCACCUUACCUUCUUCACCAGCGCGCCUAGUCUCCUUUGAUCUCUGUUCUUCCAUUUCCUUUCGCCCUUUCUACUCUCCAAGCUGUAGUUCUGGAACCAGCAUUUUCCAACUAUGGCGCUUCAUGGAACCAUCUUCAUCAAUGGUCUUUCUUCUAAUACAAUCAAGGAAUUUAAUUUCUUACCGGGUUCAUUCAUCAAUAACUUUCAGAAGCUUCAUUAUGUUUCUCUUCCUUCCUCUAAUCCAGUUAGAUUAGUUUUUGGCAAAAGUUUUGGAAGAAGUGACCAACUGUGUCUUCUGCCUGCCACUCAAUGGCCAAACUUGCAAAAGCAAGGAUACAGGAGGCAACAAAGAGUCAAAAGUGAAGACUCAGAGAGCAUCUUGAGUAGUGAGAAUAUCGCAUUGGAUGAACAAACUUUGGAGGAGGAGUUACGGAAUGCCAUUGCGGAAGAGAACUAUGCUAAAGCAGCAAAAAUAAGGGAUACGCUCAAAAACCUCCAAAAAGAUAGCAAGACAACAAUAUUCGGCAUAAACAGCCGGUUUUAUGAGUCGUUCAGAACUGGGGACCUGGCAGCAAUGCAAGCCCUGUGGUCAAAGAAAGACGAGGUGUGCUGUGUUCACCCUGGUUUAAAAGGGAUAUCUGGUUAUGAUGAUGUUAUUGAGAGCUGGAAUUUGGUUUGGGCAAACUAUGAAUUUCCACUAGAAAUUAGGCUAGAAGACAUCAAGGUUCAUGCUAGAGGGGAUAUGGGGUAUGUUACUUGCAUGGAAUUUGUCAAGACAAAAGGAGGAAGAUGGGGAGGGCAAUUUGUAACCAAUGUGUUCGAGAAGAUUGAUGGCCAGUGGUAUAUUUGUAUCCAUCAUGCUUCCCCAAUAGACUUAUGAAUGAAUACUUGGAUAUAGAUAUGAAGUUGCCUUUGUUCCCUCAUAUAUAGUUCACAUCA